AAGUUGCAGCAGCUGAGACAACAUCAACAACAACAACAGCAAAGAGGAGCGCACAUUUAUACUUUAGCCGGACAAUUAAUUCCAAAGUAGACUGGGUAUCCCCGCCCUUUCUGCCGGCUGUUUUAGUUCGCCCUGCAGAAGGGUCUGGAAAAGACCAAUACAUUUAUUCUAGUUGCCAUACAUUUUUGCGGGAGCCAAUCACCAAACGGGCUUUUCCCCUGGCGCGCUAUUGGCUGGUUUAACGCAAUGACGAUAGGGAAGCGAGGGCGUCAUUUGAACUAGGCCCAUUAAUCAAGCCUCUUGUGCUGAAGAAAAUGACAGCAGCUUCCCCAGACCAACGAGCAAUCUACGAUUGAGCUUGGUCUUGUAAUAGCCAGGCUUUACCCGCAGCAGAACGUGUUCCUAGUAAACACGUGACGUAACGAGGCCGCGGGGGAGGAGGAGGAGGACCAACUGUGACAGAGUGACGCUGGAGGUUACAAGACGUCCAUAAGUAUCCGUGCCCUCAACCGCUCCGUCCGGUCUAUCGACUACUUUCUAUUUUUGGUGUUCUUUUUAAAAGGUAUCCACUUUGUAUCUUAAAUGGCGCUGGUGACCGCGACCAGCCGACUGCUCCGCCUCACGAUACGGGUCAGUCCUCUGCGGACGGCGGCUGUUGCGUCGCCCCGAUACACGACGCUCUGCACCCCGGGGAGAACGGAUGCUCAGGGGGCAUGCUGCGUCCGUCGGAGAGACUUCACCACCUGCACGCAGAGACUCGGGUCGGACAACAAGGUGACGGUCCACUUCGUGAACCGAGACGGGGAGAAGAUCACAGCGAGGGGGUCGCCCGGAGACUCUCUGCUGGACCUGGUCAUCAACGAGGAUCUGGACUUUGAUGGCUUCGGUGCGUGCGAGGGGACCCUGGCCUGCUCCACGUGCCACCUGGUCUUCAGCGAGGAGGUCUACGAGAAGCUGGGCCCCGUCACGGACGAGGAGAUGGACAUGCUGGACCUGGCGUACGGACUCACCGACACGUCUCGUCUGGGCUGCCAGGUCUGCCUGACCAGGGCGCUGGAAGGCAUGGAGGCGCGGGUCCCCGAGAGCGUGGCGGACAUCCGACAGACCCAGGACAGCUCCUCCUAAUGGCUCGUUAACCAUCCCCGUCGCCGUGGGUAACGGGGUCGACGGGGGCGUUGCUCACCGACGACAACUCUGGUCAACCGCUAUAGCCGUUGGUUGAAAUGUAUUCAUAACUUCGAAAGCUAGCAGAAAGUGAUUUUUACCAGGUAGAGAAAUGUAUAUAUAUAUACAUAUAUAUAACUAAAUAAUCAUAUUUGUAUUGCUUCACCAAAGCCCUUAAGCUAGACAGGUUGACAUCCGAAUUGUGAACUGUAUGUUAAAUCGUGUUCCUAGGCGACGAGCCACGCGAUUCAACCACCACACUAACAUGUUUUUUCUUUUUAUCCACUCUGUGUACUUAGUAGUUAGAUCUUUGUCACAGGAGUUAAUCUUUUUAAUCAAGUGUAUUUAGCCAUCACAAGUUGGACACGUUUCGACACCAUGUAAUAAACUGUAUCACCUUUCUAA